ACUAUGUUUAGGCUCAACAUGUAGUUUGAAAAUUAGUAUAUGGGAAUUUGAACGAUGAAAUUUAUAUAUCAAAUUGGCAAAAAAAUCUACAACAUUUUAUUUGAUCCAAACAUUUGGGCCGAAAAUAAAUGGGCCGAUAGAUGCAGGACCAGUUAUGCAAAACCUCAAAUGUCAAAUCUCACGGUCGCUGAAAACCGGAGCCCCGUUCCUAUAUGGAUCUUCUGUCAAAAGCGUACGCAUCUGCUUCCGACGAUGAUGACGACGGCGCUAGAGUUGCCGUUGCCGGAGGGCGGUCCGAACACUCGAAUCCGUUUCCGCCUCCUACGAAACGUUCCAGACGGGAAACAUAUUCGGCAAAUCCGAUCCAGAUGCCCGUUUUUCGCCGCCCGAGUUUCCCCGCGGAAGCUUCGAUACCUGGAAGUUACAUAUCUAAGCGACAAAGAGCAGCCAUUGCUGCGGAUGCGAAACCGACUGAACCGAACCCUAAUUGCGUCCACACCUCACAAGUUUUGGGAAGCCUUUCAGAUUCAGAUGUACCGCAUAGUAUUUCGACAAAGCUGAGGUAUCGGAAGAAGCAAAACGGUGUGGCCUCCUACCAAAAACCUCCGUCGCUUUCUGCAGCUCUCGAUGGCCACGUUAAAUCUGUGAAUGCUAUGCAAUGGUCUGUAACUCAUGGUCAUCUUCUUGCAUCUGCGGGAAUGGAUAAUACUGUAUCCAUAUGGAAUGUAUGGAGCAACGUCCAAAAACGAGCACGUAUAUUCAAUUUUCACCGUGCAGCAGUGAAAGAUGUGAAAUGGUCACAGCAGGGAUUGUCCGUGCUCUCUUGUGGCUAUGAUUGCACGUCAAGAUUGGUUGACGUUGAAAAGGGAAUGGAGGUUCGGGUUUUCAAGGAGGAUCAAAUUGUACAAGUCGUCAAAUUUUCUCCAGACAACCACAACCUUUUUCUCUCCGGUGGAUCGAAAGGCCUCCUUAAACUGUGGGAUACUAGAGCUGGCACAGUGGUCCAUGAAUUUGUACGAAAUCUUGGGCCAAUCCUUGAUGUAGAAUUCACACUUGAUGGCAAGAAUUUAAUCACCUCGAGCGAUGUGUCCAGAACUAAUCUCAGUGAAAAUUCGAUUAUUGUCUGGGAUGUUUCACGGCAGGUUCCAUUAUCCAAUCAGGUAUAUGCCGAAGCAUACACAUGCCCGUGCAUCAGACGCCACCCAUUCGAGCCCUACUUUAUUGCCCAAUCCAACGGAAACUACAUUGCUAUUUUCUCCACAAAACCCCCGUUCAGACUAGAAAAGUACAAGAGAUACGAAAGUCACGGUGUUUCUGGUUUCCCUAUAAAAUGCAAUUUCAGUCUUGACGGAAAUACGGUAGCCACAGGAUCGUCCGAUGGAUGUAUCUACUUGUACAACUCCAAAACGUGCAAGCUCCUCAAAAAGGUUAAGGCAUACGAGCAAGCAUGCGUAGAUGUUGUAUUCCAUCCUACCCUGCCAGAUGUCGUUGCUAGUUGUAGCUGGAACGGCGAAAUCUCGGUUCUCGAACGAGACAGCUGUCACAAUUGGAAGGGGCCCACAGUGAACUGAUUUUCCAGGCUAAUUUUGGAGUGGGCUUCGUUUGUGGUAUGAAUUUCUGUGAAAUAAUUUUAGUGUUUUCUUGGUGAAUUUCUCGUUGAUUUUUUUUUUAGCAAUGUAUGUUUAUGGUACUUGAAUUGUUGUUUGCCAAAACUGUUUACGGACUACGGUACUUGAGUUGUAGCAAUCAAAUCAGGAGUGAGUGAUUCUAGGUGUGUGAAGUGCGACAGAAUAUCAAAUCGACAUUUUUUACGGAGAAAUUUGUCGGAUGUGCAAUGGCACAGUGUAGUGACCCCAUCUCCAGGAAGAUGAUUAGAUGGAGCAUUGACUCUUGUGCAUAAAUAAAAUGUUCUCGAGUUUGAGGUCCGUUUUGUUUUGGUGCCCAUUUUUAUUAAAUUCGGAACAGGCAACAUCAACCCUAACCCCAGGUAUGUGUUGUAGUGCUCGUGGGGCAUAGAACAAUAGUAAAGGACGUAAAUGAUAUGAAGUGAUGGUUUGUUGCUCGUGUUGGCGAAAUGCAGAGUGAGGGUUCGAUUCCUAUUUCUCA